GGUAAAAUUUCCUCCUGUGAUCCUUUUCCCCAAGCCCAAACAAUCGGAAACAUUUUUCAUUGUUCUCUAUCUCCCAUCUUCCGUGCCAAACAUUCCUUCGCUUCGAUUCCAACGCUCAAUUCCAAAUUUGAAUUUCAAAUUCUCACACAAAGCAAGCGGGACGCAACUCUAUUGCACCACCACAUCCAAUUCCACCACCAGUAAUCAGAAAUGGCGGAGGGGAAAAAGAAGCAGCCAUUGAGCCUCAAUCAACUCCAUAAUCGAAUCCUUUUAGAUCUCUCCGCUUCUCACAAUAAGAAAAAGCCCGUUCCCCGCACUUCCUCUUCUUUACUCCCUGGGAAAAUCGAAGUGGAUGAUAGUGCUCAAUCAACUGAAAACGAAAACGUUCCUCGAUUCUCUGGGAUCAUUGAUUUCGGUUCCGAUUCUCUUUCUACUCCUGCUCUUUCUACUGUUGUAGUGAACGAUGAAGAAUCCGAGUUGAAACUCGAGGACGACUCAGUGAACGAACAGGAAGAGGUACCCAAUAUGUUCGCGGGCAUUGUUUUGUCAGAUUCCCCAUCUCCCUCAGGCAAUUCUCAUGUUGAUUCCAGUCUUCCAGAAGAUGAAAAACAAAUGAAGGUGAAGUUAAAAGGUAGGCGCCGGCUUUGCAAAAUUUCAAAGAGUGAAAACAACGAUAAUGAAGGGAAGACUUUAAUUGAAAAAGUAGAACCUGCAUUCACUGGGAUUUCGGAUUUUGAUUCGCCUCCUCAGGUGAAAACAGCAUAUGAGAGCACUGGAAAUGAAAUUAGGGAUAUUCUAAAUGAUUUGAGCUCAAAGCUUGAGCUUCUUUCUGUUGAGAAGAAAAGUGUUCCCAGGAAAGUAGAUUUAAAUGAGGAUUUUAAGGAUUCAGUGAGGACAUCGUAUAAUGUGGAUGCAAAAAAGGAAAUCCCUGAAUAUAGGAGGGCUGAUUCUUUCCUUUCACGGUCAUCCAAUUCCUCAUCGGAUUCAACUAAGGAGUCAAAGACCGGAUGUCCUAUUGUGAAUGAAUACCAAAAGAAAAAUUGUUUGGGUACUGAUUCUGAUGAUGUUGAUUUUGUUCGUAAAGUCAAUAGAGCCAAGAUUCAUGUCGAAGGGCUGAAGAAGAAUGAACUCAUGAGGGUGGGCGUGAAGUCCGUAUCUGUAAACCAAUCUCUUGCUUUCAAUUUCAAAAGAGGAGAGGACGGUGAUAGUGAUUGUGUGGUUUUGAGUGAAGGGAACAAUGCCAAACGAGCAGAUCUGAGGCAAGGGAAGUUUACUCAGGUGUCUGAUGAUAAAUCUGAGGAAAUUAAGAUUUUGGAUGAUCGUGUGGAUGACUUCAUUUUGAGUGGUUUGAAGUGUACUUACAGGUUACCUAGUAAAAUUGCAAAAAUGCUGUAUCCUCAUCAGAGCGAUGGUCUGAAAUGGCUAUGGUCCCUUCAUUGCAAGGGCAAGGGCGGCAUCUUGGGUGAUGAUAUGGGCCUUGGAAAGACAAUGCAGAUUUGUAGCUUUCUAGCUGGAUUGUUUAGUUCCACUUUGAUUAAGAGAGUGUUGAUUGUUGCUCCAAAAACACUAUUAUCUCAUUGGAUCAAUGAGUUUUCAGCUGUAGGAUUAUCUGGGAAGACAAGAGAAUAUUUUGCAACAUGUCAGAAAACUCGACAUUAUGAGCUCCAAUAUGUACUUCAGGACAAAGGUAUUCUCUUAACAACUUACGAUAUUGUGCGGAAUAAUACAAAACCCUUAUGUGGAGAUUGCAAUUACCUUGAUGAUGGAUCUGAAGAUGAGAUGACAUGGGAUUAUAUGAUUCUUGAUGAAGGCCAUCUUAUAAAGAAUCCAAGCACUCAAAGGGCUAAAAGUUUGCUCCAGAUACCUUGUGCUCGGCGCAUCAUCAUUAGUGGCACACCACUUCAGAACAAUCUUAAGGAAUUAUGGGCCUUAUUUAACUUCUGUUGUCCGGAGCUGCUAGGUGACAAGAAAUGGUUUAAAGAGAAAUAUGAGCACUAUAUCAAUCGAGGAAAUGAAAAAAAUGCCUCUGACAGGGAAAAGCGAAUAGGUUCAGCGGUUGCGAAGGAAUUAAGAGAAUGCAUUCAACCAUAUUUUUUGAGACGUAUGAAGAGUGAAGUAUUUCGUGAUGAUACAACACUUUCCAAGAAGAAUGAGAUUAUUGUAUGGUUGCGAUUAACUGGAUUGCAGCGUCAACUUUAUGAAGCUUUCUUAAAAAGUGAGAUUGUCAUCUCAGCCUGCGAUGGGUCACCUCUUGCUGCUCUCACGAUACUUAAAAAAAUUUGCGAUCAUCCACUUCUAUUAACAAAAAGAGCUGCUGAAGAGGUUUUGGAAGGGAUGGAUUCAAUGGUAGGCCAGGAAGAUCGUGGUGUGGCUGAGAAGUUGGCAAUGCAUAUAGCAGAUGUUGCUGAUAAAUUUGACUUUAUAGAGAAGCACAAUGUCUCUUGCAAAAUAUCAUUCAUCCUAUCUUUAUUGGGCGAUUUGCUUCCAAAGGGACACAAGGUGCUUAUUUUUUCACAAACACGGAAGAUGCUUAAUCUAAUUCAGGAAUCCCUAAUGUCCAGUGACUACAAGUUCUUGCGGAUAGAUGGUAACACAAAAGCCAGUGAUAGAGCUGCAAUCGUCAAGGAUUUCCAAGAGGGUUGUGGAGCUCCAAUCUUUCUCUUAACUUCCCAAGUUGGUGGAUUGGGGCUUACACUCACAAAAGCAGAUCGUGUGAUUGUGGUUGAUCCAGCAUGGAAUCCAAGCAUGGACAAUCAAAGUGUUGAUCGUGCAUACAGGAUUGGACAAAAGAAGGAUGUAAUUGUAUACAGAUUAAUGACGUGCAGCACUGUUGAAGAGAAAAUUUAUAGAAAGCAGGUAUUCAAAGGAGGGCUAUUUAAAAGUGCAACUGAACAUAAAGAGCAGAUACGGUAUUUCAGUCAGCAGGAUCUGCGAGAUCUUUUCAGCCUUCCCAGACAGGGAUUUGAUAUUUCUCUGACUCAACAGCAGUUGCAUGAAGAGCAUGAUCAGCAACACACAAUGGAAGAGUCUGUCAAAGCCCAUGUAGAGUUCCUUCAAACUCUAAAUAUUGCCGGUGUUAGCCAGCAUAGUUUACUCUUCUCCAAGACAGCACCGGUACCAGAUGUUCAGAUAGAGGAGGAAGUAAGAAGGGUAAGAGGUAGUACGUUCACUGACAACUCAUCCUCUCGCUCAUCGCAUGAAUAUAAUGUUGAUGGAGCGGAUUACGCGUUUAAGCCUAAGGAUGUGCAUAAGGUCCAGAAAAUUUUUGCUCCUGCUGCAAAUGAACCUUCAGAAACUGAAAUCACAGAAAGAAUCCAUCGCUUGUCUCAGAUGCUUACCAAUAAGGUUGCUGUUUCUAGAUUACCCGAUAAAGGAGAGAAGAUACAUAAGCAAAUAGCAGAAUUGAGACUUCAACUUGAUCAGCGACGAAUGGCAAAAGGAAGCAAGGAUGUAAUUGACUUGGAUACUAUUACAGCUGGAAUCCAAAAGGUAGUAAAUUUGUAGUUUAAGAAAUUUUUGAUCAGAUUUUGUCACAUGCAAAUUGUAAAUAGUUCUUCAGCAUUGCCAUGGAUUCCAAUCAUUCAAGUAUGAUUUACAUGGCAUCGGAUUUUCUAUAUUGCAUGUUUGGAGCCAGAUAAUUUAUCUGCUCAUUGCUCGGGAAGAACCCUUAUGGCUAUAUCCUAUUUGUUUUUUAUUUUCAAUUGCAAAAUUUACGAAAAAUAGCAUUCAUUCAAGUCAAAAUAUGAUUGUUGUCAUCUCUGUGAACUUUCACCAUUAGGCAUAACUUGGUGAUAAUUUGUAAUACACAGUAGAGAUACAAGAUUUUUCACA